UUCAAUAUAUACCAGUUCCUGUUUUGGUCAACGCCCAUUCAUUUUCAAAUCCUGGGGAAACAACACACAUUGUGGCUACAGCAGAUUUUUCUGCUCCCUGGAACAAACCAGACAAGACGUCAUAACCCCCAAACCUGUCCAACGACUCACCAGGCGCCAAGAACAGUGCUGAGAAAACAGGAAUUUCUCUGUGUCUACAAGAAGCUCUCUGAGUCUGACUGAAGAUUCAAGAUCUUCAGCCACCUAACCUGAGGCAUCAGUACCUACCAUUGGAUCACCAAGUUACGUGUGCAAUCUGCUGAAUCUAGACAAGACAAAAUGUGGGCCCAUCUGAGCGGAGUUCUGGUGUUGCUGGUCCUGGCGUCUGGGCAGACUGAAGCCGCCUGUGACUGCACAGAUACAACCUGUAACUGUACUGGCAUCAGCAGGGUCCCCCAGGACAUCAGUGUACCCGCAAACACCACUGUCCUGAACUUGCUGAACAGCAAUAUCGGGAACUUCGGUUCCUUCCCCGCCCUGGCCCAACUACAGGAGCUAACUUUAACCUCCAACCAGAUAGAUCGAAUCCAACCUCGUGCCUUUACACCUAGCGACCACCCCCAGCUCCAAAAGGUGACCAUUUCCAACAACCGCAUUAACAGCAUCCAGCCUGCCGCAUUUUCAGAGCUACCCUUGCUCCAAGAGCUGUCCCUCGCAAACAACAACAUAACAAGCCUCCAGCCCGGUACCUUCCAAAAUCUACCCGAACUCCGUAACCUCUCCCUAUCCUACAACAAGAUAGACCGCGUCCAGCCUAGCGCGAUCGAUAACGUGCCCAAGCUCCAAAGCUUAGACUUGUCCUCCAACCAGAUUGCACGAAUCCAGCCCAACGCAUUCCCCAGUGGGCUCGUGCAGGUAGACCUGUCCUCCAACAACAUAACCGCCAUUGACGCUGGCGCAUUCGGUAACGUCACCCUGCUCCAACAGUUGGACCUUUCGUCCAACCAGCUCAGAGCUAGUGCCCUCCUGUCUGCAUCUGUCUGUAAUGACUUGUCCUCUAUCCCCGGUACGGUAGACCUUAGCGAUAAUCCCUGGGGUUGCGACUGUUCGGGGGUGUUUCCCGAUGAUCUGAGUUCUUGUUCUGCAGACAUCAUCAGUCAGAUCCAAUGCACCUCUGGUGGGUCCACCUCCCCACUAACCCUACAGGGUGGGACUGUUAUGUGCAGCGCAGCUAGCGUUAGCGCCUACUACACUCCCUUACUUCUGUUGUCAGUUGCAGCCAUGCUCAAAAAUAUGCUGAUGUAAGCAUAAAGCAGUGCUGAUAGCUUUAGCAUCUACAUGUACUACAUACUCCCCCUUAUUGCUGUUGUCUGAACUGCAGCAACGCUCAAAAAUCUGCUGAUGUAAGCACAAAGGCCUGAGACAUCCGGUAGAAGGGUACUUUAAAGCCUUACCAAUUUAAUUUCUUGGUUUUCGAAUUUGCAAGUUUUAAGUUUCUUCAGACUUGAAAAAAAUGAAGAAAAAAAGUACCAUUCUGGUACUGAAUCGGCCCUAAACCGAUCAUAUUUUGGCACCAACACCAUAUUUUGGCACCAAGUAUUUUGAUCUAUCGUAAGAAGCCCUGGCCUGUUUCUUACCCACUCAUGGCAUUGAUUUCCUGCAGAAAUCUGAGAACCAACAAAUCAAAUUGGAUUGCCCUUACAUAUACCAAGAACAAAAAAAACUGAAGCCCGGAUUCAAUUAUUGUUAUUUUAGGCAUCACAGUAAACUCUAGUCUGUCAAGAAAAGUCCUUAAAUAUCUAAGGAAAGUAUAUUCAAAGAAAUAAGAAUUCUGAAAAUAAAAUAAAUGCAGGUUCUCUUCAGAACAGCUAAUCCAUUGCCAGGUAUAGUUGUAAGCCAAUUGAGAACAGAAGUGUACAAAAGAGACAUAGAUACAUUGACUGUAUACCAGAUGCGUAAUGUUGAUAUCAGCCUGUUUUGAGUAGGUUUUUUUUUUAACAUGCAUUUCUUUUUUAGAUAUUUUGUUGCCUCAUCCAUAAUUUUCUUUGCAGGUACUAAAGUUCUGUUACUAAGCAGUAAAACAUUAGUCAAGAAUUUAAUGAACUUCUGUAUUGUUAACUACAUUACUUUAAGGAAGAUGAUCAUGAGCUUACUUUGUUGCAUACAGGGUUAUGGUACUAUGUCUAGUGAUGACAACAUUUAACUUAGUUUUGUACAGCUACAUUUUGUAUUACUGAGUGCCACUGCUUAUUUAGAAGAAAAUUAUAACAGUGCUUGUAGAGUGGUGAAACACAUAGCUAAUACAUCAUAAUGUAAAACAUACAGUUUACUGGGUAAUUUUCUAUAUACAACUAAGUUCUGUAUCGUAUUUGUAAGAAUUUUGUACACAUGUGCAUGACAUAUUGUGCAUCAUGUUCUUUUUGUGAGAGAAAAUUUAAUUUGAAUCUAAGAUAAGUGAUAAACAAAAAAAAUGAGAUUGCUAAAGGCUGUUGAUUCCAAAUUACUAACUUCAACUGAAGACACUAGAUAAGUCCACAAUAAGCUGUAGUAUUCAAUUCCAGAUAUGCAUCAGAUCUGUGAUAUACUAACUUGUAAUUGAUUUGAGUUGUUCAAAAUAAUGCUUUAGCUAAGUAAUAGAUAAUUAAAAGCAUACUAUUGUGAUAGUGAGAAGAUGGUAGCUGUAUCACAUAUGCAUUAAUUUCUGCACGUAAAGUUAGUGUGGAGCAUCUAAUGAAACUAGGACCUGGUGUUGAUAUUGUCUGUAAUAUGACAAUGAUGAAAACUAAGUCUUCGAUCUGUUAUAAUUGAAUAAAGUGCAUGUAAUUUCCUUCUUGUACUAAGCUGUAGUGUAUUGCGCAGUGGCAAAGGGACUUUUGCAAUGUCUUCAUUUACUUGGACAGAAUAAAAUUUGUUGGGAAA